UAAGGGUCCCCCCGUCAUAGUUUCAGGCAAGUCGUGACAUGAAAGGCAGGGCAGACGAAUUAACCACCUGCAAGCACUGGGUUAGUCGUACUUGAGCAACUCCUGCAGCUCGGAAUCACAAUUGGCCUUUCCCCGGAAACCCCUGCAUAAAAUAAUGAUGGAAUCCACAAGCGAUUCGAAAAAGCAAGAGAGUCCUUUGAGUGAAAAAACAGAGGGCAGCCCUCCUGAACUUGCGGGUACGAACGGGGACCACAGGAGCAUCACCUGUGAGCAGAAUAGUCAGGUUUUGAGGAAGGAUGUGGCCGGGCUGCAGCAGGAGGGGCAGGUGAGCCAGCAGGUGGAGGAUCUGAUCCAGCAGAACCAGCAGCUGCACCAGGAGCUGAGCCAGGUCAGUCAGCUCUCCCUGCAGCUGGAAGAGGACAAGAGGGCCCUGCUGAACACAGCGAUCAGCAGGACAGAGGAAGCUCAGAGCGUCAUCGACAGUCUGCAGACGAAGGUCACCUGCCUGGCGGAUACCGUCACCGACCUUAAAACUGAGAGGGCGUUGGCCCGGUCCAGCCUGGACCAGCUGCGGGCCCAGCAGAGUCGCACAGCGGAACAGAGCCAGGACCUGCGCGCCUCUGUUCGCCAGUUGCGCCGCGAGAGGGACGCACUGGCCAAUCAGCUGGGGAAGCUUCAGCUCUCAGGUGCGGAGAAGGGGAAGGAGCGGAAGUGCGAGGGGGGCGGAGCCAGGGCCCGCGGGUCCCGGCUGGACUGCUUCGUGCGGAGCGUGGAGGAGGACCGGGACUUCUACAGACAGGAAGCGGAGAGGCUGCGCAGGAUGCUGAGGCCCAGCCGCACCGCCAACGGCCCCCGAGGGUCCCGCGGUCACAGCCCCCCCAGGCAGCCCCCCACAAAGGGCGGGACCUACGAUUCGGAGCUGAUGCGCCUCCUCAGGGAGCGGGACGAUCUGCAGGCCCUGCUGGACAAGUACGAGCGCCACCUGUCCGAAAUCCAGGGCAACGUCAAAGUCCUGUCCGCCGACCGGGACAAGACCAGCGUGCAGUACCAGAAGGCCCAGGAGGAGAUCGCGCACCUGCGGCGGGAGGUGAUGAAGUCGAAGUCGCCGCGCGCACAGAAGAGCUCGAUGACGGCGCACAGCAUCCUGAAGCGCGUGGAGGCGGAGCGUGACGAGGCCACCACCGACCUGAAGCGCAUGAGCACCGAGAGGGACAGCCUGAGGGAGCGGCUGAAGGUGAGACAGACAGACAGACAGAGAGACAGACAGACAUGUCGGUGCUGCCCCCCGGUGGUGACUUGGUGUGUGUGCGCCCAGUUGGAGCAGGAGCACAGGGAGCUGAAGAGCAAGCAGGCGAUGAUGAAGGACGCCAUGAUGGACCUGGAGGAGGAGGCGUCCAGCCUGGGCCACAAGCUGGCCACGGCCGAGGGGGACCUGACCCGGAGCAGGAAGGAGUGCAGCGCGCUGAGGUUGGCCAAUAACCAGCUGGACAGUGCCCUGAGUGACAGUCAGCUCAGACUGACCGCCAGGUUUGGAGAGCUGCAGACUGCCCAGGAAAAGAACAAACAGCUGGAGGAGAGGAACGACGGGCUGCUGCAGCAGGUUAGCGGUCUGCGUGAUGAGGUCAGCACCCUGCAGUCCACCGUGUCUGAGCUGGACCAGCGCAGGGACGACCUGCAGGAGGCGCUGGAGAGGGAGUCUGACCUGCUGGCCUCCGCCACCACCCAGCUGGACGAGAAGGAGAGACUGAUCCGCGGCUUAAAGAUCAGGGUGGAGGAACUGGAAGCGUCCGCAGAGCCCAGACAGACGCAGGCGGCUCGGACCCCUGUGCUGUUGGCGGUUGUGGCUGGUCUGACGGGCUCACCGUUCCCUCCCCAGGCCCUGCAGCUGAAGCUGGAAGAUUCCAGCAAGGAGGCGGAGAGCCUGCAGCGCAGGCUGGGGGAGUACAGCACCGACGUGUCCCGCCUGGAGGUCCUGCUCUCCUGCAAGGAAAAGGAGUGCGCGGAGCUGCAGGAGGCGCAGCGGCGGGCUCUGGCGGAGGCGCAGAGCUGGGAGGAGCGGGCGCGGCUGACCGAGGAGACGCUCAGCGAGCUGCGGGAGGAGCUGGCCGACGGCGAGAGCGAGAGGCGCCGUCUCAAGGACACGCUGGAGAACCAGGAGCUCCGGCUGCAGGAGGCUCUGGUGUCGGAGCGCAGCUGCAACGGUCAGAUCUCCCAGCUGAACCGCAGUCUGCUCCUGGCGGAGGACGAUCUGCGUCAGAUCCAAUCAGAGCGCUCCUCCACCCUGAGCGACCUGGAGAAAACGCGCGAGCUCUGCGUCAAACUGGACUCCAGCAAGGAGGUGGUCUUGCGGGAGCUGGAUGUCUGUCGCUCGGAGGUGGAGUUGUUGCGGAAGCAGCUGACCAGCGAGCGCCUCUCCAUGAAGAGCCUGGAGUCCAUGCUGCAGUCCACCCGCGAGAAAGAGCUGCACUCAGCACUCAGCUCCCAGGAGCAGCACGCUGAGAUACAGCUGCUCAGAGACAAGCUGACUGUGGCCGACAGCAAGGCGAGCACCCAGGUGAGGGAGCUAGCCCAGACCCGUGCACGCUCCGAGCAGCUGGAGAGUGACCUGGACAUCACCAAGAGACAGCUGUGUGCCGAGCGCUUUGAGAGGGAGCGGGCAGUGCAGGAGCUGCGUCUGCAGGGUCUCCCCCCCUCCUUGCGCUCGAGCUCUCCCCCGCGUCGCUCCCUCAGUCCCCGCCGCUCCUGGUCCCCCGAUCGCACCUUCCAGAGCUCCCCCGAGCGCCUGGCCACCGAAAGCGCCCGGGACAGGAGUUUGGUGUUCAGAGACCCGUACAGCUGAGAGCUGUGUGCAGUAGCUGCGCGCUGGAUCCCUACGACCCAGAACCUUCCGUCCCUCGCGUCGGCAGAAACGCCGACGGAAGGCUGUGCAGCGUUUGUUCUCCGUGUUUAAUGUCCUCGGACAACAUGUAUUCUUUAUUGUUUUAUAGCUCUGAGACGGUUACUACUACACGCCCUGCUUUGGGAGACACUAAACGAAUAGACCUGUCAAUCACA